GGCAUUUUUAAGUCGCAGUCACCCCGGGGGGCACCAUGAAUGGGCUCGGGGGCACAGGUGCCCAGCAGUCGAAGGACUGUUCCUUCGCUGCUGGAUCUGUGGCUGGCGCACCAUUGCGCGUGAGUUGGUUUCUGGUGAUCCUUUUUCUCUCCCAACUUGUGGACGCUAUCAACGAGCAUCAGCUGCCGUUGUGGGUCCGCAUCACCCAAGUCACGGUCAAUGAGCUCCUCCUCCUUUUCACAGUGCUGUGCCAUGAGAUGGGCCAUGGAACCAUGGCGCGCCGGUGUGGCGGCACCAUUGCGGAGGUGUUGCUGUGGCCCUUCGGUGGCAUUUGCUUUACAACCCGUGGCCCAACACAAGAUCCAAAACAAAGCCUCACCAAUGAGCUGUACAUCGUGGCCGCAGGCCCUGCCACUCACUUCCCGAUGUCAUUCGCCUGGGUCGUCCUCCUGGGAGCUUAUGGAGCCGCAGUUAGUCAUGUCGUGAGACCUUCCUCCUACCUGUACCUAGUCCCAUUUGGCUCCCCACCGCCGCCAUGCUUCAACCCUGGCUGGGAGGGGUGCUUCCACAGCUAUAGUGGCUGGCUCAUGUAUUCCUUCUUGGCCCGUGCCAUCCAACUGAACGUCAUGCUGUUUCUCUUCAACGUCUUCUUCCCCAUGUAUCCCAUGGAUGGAGCCAAGCUGAUCGUUUGCAGCCUCCAGUUGUUUUGCGGUGCCUCUGCUCGUUGUGCGGCAAAGGUCCUCCUAUGCACCUCCAUCCCGUUGUCUGUGAUUUUCAUCGGAGAUGCACUGCUCAGCGCCAUGGGAAGAUCCUUCAUGGGUGGACGUGGGGGUGGUCUCCAACCGAGUAUCAUGGCGUACAUGGGCAUUAUGUGCCUUUCUGAGUCCUACCGGAUCUACAGGCUCUUCCAGGAGGAGCGCCUCUACACACAUCCUUUGUUCGCGCUGGCGCGGUCAGACACCACUCGUGUGGUGGAUCGCCAUGGCGCCACAACGAGGUUGAACACUUCAGAGAGGGAUGAUCCAGAAGCUGCAGCCGCUCCUCAGGUGCAGUUCUCCGAGAUCCGUGCCUUCGCUGGGCAGGGCCGCUCCCUGGGAGAGGUGCCUUCAACAGCACCAUACCAGAAUUUGGGAAUGCCUGCAGACUCAAGGGCCGCAUGGCUGAAACGAAUGGAGGAUGACCAAGCUCAGCGCAACAAGACUGUAAGGGAGUUGGAGGACAUUGGUGCUGGCACCUUCAAUUUACACUACUUCGGCCACACACACACAGUAACAUGGCGGGUCAUCAUGCUGUGCCAUGUUAGGAAUUGGUCAUCGCCCUAAGAGCGUACAUGCAUGCCUUGUCGUUGUGGCCGGCGCUGCAAGCAGCACUGUAGUCUCAAACAACGAUCUCUGGAUGGUUUCAUCCAAGGAGAUCUCGCUAGCCCUUUUGAACACUCUCUUCACCUUAGCAACUGCCCCGCCAGGAUGAACGCCUUGUGGCAAAACGUUGAGAGCAGCGAUGACAAGGGUCGUUGCACAGAAAGCUAUGGAUG